AGUCGUGGGGAAUGUGGAUGUUGGGUGCCACAGCAGAGGGCUGGAACUCAGGAGCACCUCCAGGAUAUCCCAGGUGGCCUCUCCCUGUUCCCAAAUCGAACAUUCAGCUGCAGUUGGCAGCUCAGACCCAGCCUGAAGAAGCAGAAAGUUGCAGGCAGCAGGCACAGAGUUUGUGCUGUGCUCAGGUUUCGAUUUCAGUUUUCCAACCCUCUCACGACCACAGGAAGUAAGAAAGCUCAGCUUGGGUCCAGCUCGUCCCAACCCAGCCCAGCCCAGCUCAUUUCGCACAGCCCUUGUUGGAGGUGCGAGCAGCGCUGCGCCAGCCCCAGCUCCGUCCCCAGCUCCGUCCCCAGCUCCGUCCCAGGACACCGCCGAUGGCUCUUUCGAUCUCGAGCAGUUGUGAGAAGCUGUAUAAGGUGAUUAAGUUUCUGCUGAACAACUGGGGGAAGGUCUUUGAUGAUGUGCCAGAGACAGAUGCGCAGCCUGGGGACGUCCUGCUCUUCCCCACGGAGGACUCUGGCUCCCUCUUCAAGCACGCAGCUGUGUACCUUGGGAACGGAGAGGUCAUACAGUUCCAGGGAGUUGCUGGUGAGGGGAACACUGGUCAGGUCAUCAAGGAAGGUUUCCAGGACAUGGAAAAGGCAACAGGAAAAUGCCAGGUUUACCGGAAAAGAGGUGAGAUCGACCUGGAUGACCUCCAUAGUAAAGUCAAGGAGGCAGUGAACAGGGAAGGCAAUUUUGAGCAGCUCUUCAACAACUGCAUCCAGUUUGCCCUCUGGCUUCUGGGCUUGAAGGACAUCUACAAGCAACUGGUGGAAAUAAAAAAUGAAGAUGGGAAAAAACAGGCCAUCUCAAGCAGUUGUGAGAGGCAAUUUCAGGCAAUUCAAUUUCUGCUGUUGAAGACAAUCCCUGGGCGUGAUGUGGUUUUUGACAACGUGCCAGAGAGUGAAAUGCAGCCUGGGGACAUCCUGCUUGUCCCCAUACAGAGUGAUAACCCCAUCCACUGUCUCUUCAAACAUGCAGCUGUCUACCUUGGGAAAGGAGAGGUCAUACACUUCCAGGGACUAGCUGAUGAGAGUAACACUGGACUGGUGAGCAAGGAAGGCUUCCGGGCCAUGAGAAGGCAAAGGGGGGAGUGCCAGGUGUACCGGAAAAGAGGGGGCAUCAACCGCCGUGAACUGAAGAGAAGAGUCACACAGGCAAUGAACAGCAAAUCCCAGUAUCACCCAGGCACCAACAACUGCAUCCACUUUGCCCUCUGGCUUCUGGGCUUGUCUGACUUCUACAUGACUCUGGUGGAAAUACCAGAUUAGGAUGACAGUGAAGAGGAUGAGUGGUGCUCCAUGAUGUGAAGGGACUGGCAAGAGCCACAUCAGCCUGAGGAUGACCAGCCCUGACCCACACAGGAGCCUCAGCAUUGCCCCACGCACCCCAACGCCUCAUCCCAGGGAAGGACCUCUGCUGCGGAGGAGCUGUUCCCUUCUGCUUGCUGGAGCUUCAUUGCCAGGCAUGAAUUAGGUGCUUCAGGAAGGCUGCCUCCAUUAAAUGUCCCCAUUCCCUCCAGCAGCAUCUCCAAUGACAAUAAAGCAGAGAGCACAACAGU